AUGAAAACAUUAACUUUAUGUUUAAAAAUUACUACAUUCCUUCUUUUAAUUUGGAUGUAUCAAUGUUUUUACAACUGUGAUUCCUAUAAAACUUUUAUUUAUAAAAAUAUAUUGCAAACAAAAAAUGAGUUGAAAUAUGGAAGAGUAUUAGCGGAGGGUCACAUAGCAGGAAAAAAGCAAACUAACGCUGAAGGAUGUCUAGAAGAACGUCCAUUAGAUAAUAAAAAAAACAUAUGUAAGGAUCCGGAUCUAUACAAGGAUCCGUACAAUUAUUGGCGUAAGGUCAUGAUUCCACAAUUUUGGGAUCGAUUUAUUAAAGAAACAAGGGAAAUGGACUCUAAAUCGAAAUUAAGAAAAUGGAAUGAUGAAUUUAAUAAUAUUUCAAAUACGAAAGUUAAUGAUCUAUAUUCAAUAUCUCGUCGACGUAAUAUUCCAAAUGAAGAAAAAAUCAAAAAAAUUGAUAGUAUUAUGAGAGAACUUAACUCAGAAUUUGAGAAAUUUUUAUUCGAAUGUAAGAAAGAGAUGACAGGCGAUAAAACGGAAUCCGAAUCUAAGAAAGAUAUGACAGACAAUAAAACAGAAUCCGAAUCUGUGAAAGAGAUGAUAGACAAUAAAACAGAAUCCGCAUCUAAGAACGAGGUGACAGACAAUAAAACAGAAACCGAAUCUAUGAAUGAGAUGAUAGAAAAUAAAACAGAAUCCGAAUCUAAAAAAGAGAUUACAGACAAUAAAACAGAAUCAGAAUCUAAUAAAGAGAUUACAGACAAUAAAACAGAAUCAGAAUCUAUGAUAGAGGUGGGAAUAAAUAAAAUAAAAAGUUAUAAAUUAAAUAUUUGCAAAUUCUUUACUAAAAGGUUAGAUAACCUUUACGAGAAUAAAAAUUAA